GCAGCAGGUAGCAUGAUCCCAGAAGAGAUUCAGAGACUCCUCGAAGAUGCUGAAAGUUACCUGGUGGAUGGACUGCAGAAUGAAAACUUGAGUGCUAAAGCAAGGGAGCAGAGGGAUGCAAUUCUCUUUGGCUUUCAGCAAGUCAAAGCCAGGUAUCACUUGGAAUUUCUGCCCCGAAGAGAGGAUCUGCAUGAUGCUUGCUUUGGACGGGACAGUUCUGAGGAAAAUCAGAGCUGGAGUUUGGCCCCUUCCAUGACAUCUGACAUUUCACUUUCAUCAGACUUCCAGGACGAAGGGCUGGAGGAAAUCCUGCCGAGACCUGUUCAGGACGCAGGGAACAUUCUGAAGCAAGGAUAUUUGGAGAAGAGGUCCAGAGACCAUGGCUUUUUUGGGUCAGAGUGGCAGAAGCGAUGGUGUGUCCUCAGCAGAAGGACCUUUUACUACUACGCAAAUGAGAAAAGCAAACAACCUAAAGGCACCUUUUCCAUUGAGCACUAUAGUGCCCGGCUGGCUUCCCAUCUCCGCAAAGACUCUCGAAGAAAAUGUUGUUUUGAGUUAGUCUGUCCUGGCAAACGCACCUAUGAGUUCACAGCCCGAAGUCAAGCAGAGGCUGAAGACUGGGUAGACCAGAUCCAGUUCCUCCUGAAGGAUCUGACCUCCUUCACUAUCCCGUAUGAUGAAGAGGAUGAGGAAUAUCCCUACAAUGAUGUGGACAGUUCUGACUCUCUGAAUACAGGAUCCCACAACACUACCAUGAAUCAGGAUGAGCCAGACAAUGGGAUGGGAGAGGAUGACAUCUAUGAGGUUUUACCAGAGGAGGAGCUGGAUCCCCCCUUUGCAGAGGACACCGAGGAUGCUGGAAGUGGACAGAGAAAUGGAAAACCCCCGAGAGAUUUCGCCAACUACUACCAGGGCCUGUGGGACUGCAGCAGCGACCACCCCGACGAGCUCUCCUUCCGCCGCGGCGACCUCGUCUACGUGCUGAGCAAGGAGUACAGCAUGUACGGCUGGUGGGUCGGAGAGCUCAACAACGUGGUGGGCAUCGUCCCGAAGGACUACCUGGUGGCUGCCUAUGACCUGGAGGAGCGAUGAGCGCCCCAGCCACGACGUCCCGGGUGCUUCCCUGUCUCCCUGCACUGACCUUCCCUGCUGUCAGCCCCUCCUGCGGGAACCCGUCGUGCCUCAAGACCCGUGUCCCGUCACCCUGCCGCUAGCUGCCACGGAGCGAGCGCCGGCUGCCCCGAGGGACCGGCUGCGAUAGCUCCUGUCCGCCCCGCCAAGGGCUGCGCGUCGGCCCCGUCCUGCCCCGGCUCUGCACGGCCGCGGGGCCAGGCCGGCUGACGACGGCCCGAGGAGCGGCUGGCCGUCC